AUGGCAUUAACGCCACUCGUUUACUGGGCUCAACGUCACGAGGAAAUCUACCUUCGGGUGGAGCUGACUGACGCUCAGAAUAUUAAAGUCCACGUUGACGACAACGUGCUUCACUUUCAAGCCCAGGGUCAUGGAGCUAAAGGUCAAAAUCUGUAUGAAUUCAACUUGGAAUUUCUUUCACCCGUAAAAACACAGGUGGCUCACAAGUCCACUCAGCGGCAAGUGAACAUCACGGUUAAAAAAGGGCAGCGGGGCUGGUGGGAAAGGUUGACCAAACUGGAACGGAAACCGCUCUUUUUGGCUCCAGACUUUGACCGCUGGCUCGAUGAAUCGGACGCUGAAUUGGAGAUUAGGCAGAAGGAGGAGAAAAAAAACAGGCAGAAGGCUUCACAGCAUGAUGAGGAAGGGUUCAUCAGUCUGAAAACAGUGUUUUUGUUUACAUACAAUUUGGUGCAAUUUCUUGGCUAUUCAUGGAUCUUCGUCAACAUGACUAUUCGCCUCCUCACAUUUGGUCAAGAUUCCUUCUACGACACAUUUCACACUAUAUCCGGCGUAAUGUUCUUCUGCCAGAUUUUCGCAGCAAUUGAAGUUCUCAAUGCGGCAUUUGGUGUGGUCCGGACAGGUGUGAUCCCAACAGUUAUACAGUUGUUUGGAAGGAAUUUCAUCCUCUUCAUCAUUUUUGGUUGCUUGGAAGAAAUGCAGAAUAAGCCUGUGGUCUUCUUUGUUUUCUAUCCGUGGAGCGCCAUUGAAAUAUUUAGGUAUCCAUUCUACAUGCUGGAAUGCUUUAAUACAGAGUGGAAACUCCUGACAUGGCUGCGAUACUCCCUUUGGAUACCCCUCUACCCAUUAGGUGCUCUCGCCGAGGCUGUUGCCGUGAUACAGUCCAUCCCCAUCUUUGACGAGAGCAACCUGUUCAGCAUUCCUCUACCCAAGGCCAUCGGCACUUCUGUGAAAUUUUCCUAUGUUUUGCGCGUACAUCUCGCUCUCUUGUUUCUAGGACUUUUUAUCAACUUUCGUCAUCUCUACAAACAAAGGCAGAGGCGGCUCAGGACCAAGAAGAGGAAGGCUCAGUGA